AUGUCUACCGAAUCUCCUCAAAAAAACAUUGUUGUGCUCAUUUCGGGUUCAGGAACAAAUCUUCAGGCUCUUAUUGAUGCUGCGGCUGCAAACAAACUAGGUGGUGCAAAGAUCCAACAAGUCAUUUCGUCAUCUGCAUCAGCAUAUGGAUUAACUAGAGCAGCCAACGGGAAUGUUCCUUCAUAUGUUCAUACAUUACAGUGUGAUAAAUACUAUGGGAAGCUUGCAAAAGAUGAUCGGGCAGCACGUAAAGCAGCUCGGUUACAGUUUAACCGGGAUUUAGCAACACACAUUUUGGAGUUGAGUCCACGGCCAGAUUUGAUAGUAUGUGCUGGAUGGAUGUUAAUUCUGGCACCAGAAUUUUUAGGACCUGUGGAAGAAGAGGCUGGAAUUUCAAUCAUUAAUUUGCACCCAGCAUUGCCAGGAGCCUUUGCAGGAACACAUGCGAUCCAAAGGGCAUGGGAAGCUGGACAAAAGGGUGAAAUCACAAAGGGAGGUGUAAUGAUCCAUAAGGUAAUUGCAGCUGUUGAUGAGGGGGAGCCAUUGAUUGUUAAGGAAAUUGAACUUAAGAAGGAUGAGACUGUUGAAGAGUAUGAAGAUCGGGUUCAUGCAGUUGAGCAUGAGGCGAUUGUUGAGGGUACCAUUAAGGCAUUGGAGUAA